UUUGUUAUUGGUCAGGAACGAGCCAAAAAGGUGCUCUCAGUAGCUGUGUAUAAUCACUACAAAAGGAUAUACCAUGCCUCUUUGCAGAAAGGGUCUGGAGGGGAAGCAGAGAACCCUGAAACUGAAAACGAUGAUGAUUCAGUGGAACUAGAGAAAAGCAAUGUCCUCUUGAUGGGUCCAACGGGCUCAGGAAAGACAUUACUAGCAAAAACACUGGCUCGUUUUGUGAAUGUGCCCUUUGUUAUUGCUGAUGCGACAACAUUGACGCAGGCAGGUUAUGUUGGAGAGGAUGUGGAGUCAAUAUUGUAUAAGUUACUCACGGUUGCUGAGUUUAAUGUGCAAGCUGCUCAACAGGGAAUGGUCUACAUUGAUGAAGUCGAUAAGAUAACAAAGAAGGCUGAGAGCUUAAACAUUAGCAGAGAUGUAUCCGGUGAGGGUGUUCAGCAAGCAUUACUAAAAAUGCUUGAAGGAACCCAUUUUCUUGGCCAGAUAGUGAAUGUUCCUGAGAAAGGAGCUCGGAAGCAUCCUCGUGGUGAUAACAUUCAGAUAGAUACAAAGGAUAUCCUUUUUAUAUGUGGUGGAGCCUUUGUUGAUUUAGAAAAGACAAUUUCUGAAAGACAACAAGAUUCUUCAAUUGGCUUUGGAGCACCUGUUCGUGCUAACAUGAGAACUGGUGGGCUAACUAAUGCUGCAGUGACAUCAUCCUUGCUGGAAACGGUUGAAAGUGGUGAUCUAAUUGCAUAUGGGCUAAUUCCAGAAUUUAUUGGACGCUUUCCAAUUCUAGUUAGCUUGUCAGCACUUAAUGAGGACCAACUUGUUCAGGUCCUGACGGAGCCAAAAAAUGCUCUUGGUAAACAGUACAAGAAAAUGUUUAGCAUGAACAAUGUCGAGCUACAUUUUACAGAGAAUGCACUGAGACUGAUUGCAAAGAAGGCCAUGGCAAAGAACACUGGUGCAAGGGGUUUGAGGGCCAUAUUGGAAAACCUUCUGACUGAAGCCAUGUAUGAGAUACCAGAUUUGAAGUCAGGAAACGAAAGAAUAGAUGCAGUUGUGGUCGAUGAAGAGACAGUUGGGACAGUGGAUGCCCCAGUACUUGGAGCAAAGAUUCUUCGGGGAGAUGGAGCACUGGAACGAUACCUUUCUAAAACCAAGUCAAAGGAUACUGUGGUGAGAGGUGAAGUGUUGGAAGGAGAGUUGGAGAGAGAACAAGAGGUCUCAACAAGAGCCAUGAGCAUGUAGCUGUUGUUGGCUUGUGUAAAAUCUCCUCUUUAUAUAUAUAUCUCAUUGGAAAUUUGAUGCAAUCAUCUCUUGUAAAACACAGCAAGGCUUCUGUUCAAUUGGAAGGGGAAAAAAAAACAAUGAAAAGAAAAACUGGAAGGAAAAAUGUACAUGCUCAUUUAGAAACUGUAGCUUGUAUAAAACAUUUUUCUCAUUCAGGAAAACGGGGUUCACAUUUUACCUCA